AACAAUACAAUAGACAGUCACAGUGUCAGUCAGCUGCGUCACUUACGUCACUGUCAGUCGAUAAAUAUCUACGUAAAAUAAAUAUAUUUUGUUAAUCAAACUAAAUCAGUUUAGCUUGAAUCUAACGCCUACUUUCGUAGUUGUUGUGCAUUAUUAUCUAAUAUAAGUAUCCAAACUCGGUUUGUUACAUGUCUUCCGUGCGUCACACCGAAAUAGAAAAUGUUGUGAAAUUUAACUUGUUUCGGUAUUCUUAUUACUUAUUAUGUAAAAAAGCAAAAGAAGAUGUGUUCAUAUAGUGUGUUUUCAUUCUUUAGUAAGUGGCGUUUAUGGAUUAAACCGCUGCUGGUAGCUUUGUACGUUAUACUUAUAAUCGUUUUAGUGCCAAUAUUGAUAGCUCAUUCCAUAAGCAAUGGAUUCAGUAAAGCUGACCAAGGCGCCUUGGUGGGAGGUGGAUUCGUCCUAUUGGCGUUGCCCAUCUCUAUAUGGGAGAUCACACAACAUGUAUUGCAUUACACAAAACCUUCUUUACAAAAACAUAUUAUAAGAAUAUUAUGGAUGGUCCCAAUUUAUGCACUAAAUGCUUGGCUAGGCUUACAGUUUCCAGAACAAUCUAUUUAUAUGGAUUCUCUGCGAGAAUGCUAUGAAGCAUAUGUCAUCUACAACUUCAUGAAGUAUUUAUUAAACUACCUCAAUGAAGAUCAAGAUUUAGAAGCACUACUGGAAACAAAACCUCAAGUUUAUCACAUAUUUCCUCUCUGCUGUCUUGCACCCUGGGAAAUGGGAAGGGAAUUUGUCCACAACUGCAAACAUGGCAUCCUGCAGUACACAGUAGUGCGGCCCGUAACCACCGUCAUCUCCAUGAUCUGUGAGCUGUGUGGGGUGUAUGGUGAAAGUGACUUCAACCCUAACGUGGCAUUCCCUUACAUGAUAGCCAUUAAUAAUCUGUCUCAGUUUUUGGCCAUGUACUGCCUGGUGCUGUUCUAUAGAGCUAACCGGGUGGAGCUGAAGCCAAUGAAGCCUAUUGGAAAGUUUCUUUGCAUAAAAGCUGUUGUUUUCUUCUCAUUCUUCCAAGGUGUAAUUAUAAAUAUUCUGGUUUAUUGUGGAGUUAUAUCAAGCCUAUUUGGAAUACCAGAAUCGGAUACCAAAAUUAUGUCUUCAAAACUUCAGGAUUUCCUUAUCUGCAUCGAGAUGUUUCUAGCGGCCAUCGCGCACCACUACAGUUUCUCGUAUAAGCCGUUCGCGAGGCACGAGCCUGACUCGCGCUCCUGCCUCGGCUCGUUCCUCGCCAUGUGGGACGUGUCGGACGUGAAGCGGGACAUCUCCGAGCACCUCGGCGUUGUUGGGAGCUCGUUCAGCCGGCGCCUGCGAGGCAAGUCCAUGUACCACAUGGCUCGAGGGUACGACGAGAGCUCGCGUCUAGUCAACGAGCCGACCAGCAGCUCGGCGCCGAACCUCACCGUGGAGGAGCCGGCCGUCGACGUCCGGCCCACGGUGUACGGCUCCGUGGACACGACCGUCACCGCCUCCGCGUCGGACUCCGAGCCGCUGCUUGGCUCCGUGAAUGACCCUAUGGCAUGAGUAAGGUCUGGACAUAUGUUUUUAUAGGCACUAUAAAAGAGGCGAUGACGUUUUGGGCUGCGGGCUACCGGCGGAUAUAGCCUAUAGCCGAGAUAAUUGAACUUCGUAAAUUUCGAGCAACUAUCUGUCACUUUAAUUACGCCUUGAAGUAAAAGAAAAAGAUGCAUGAAAUUUUGCGAACUUCGGUGUUCGCGGGAGGCCUUGGUUACCUUUGUUAAAUACCUACCUACCUACUGUUGUAACUACUGGUGAAAGUUAGAAAUGAAAUGGUACUUAGAGCAUAAAUGCCACUGGACAUUAUUGUCAUUGCCUCCGCGUCCGACCGGAGCCAAUACGCGGUUCGGAGGAAUAUAACUUUAAGCCAUGAUUAAGUUUUGUUUACGUUCGCGGAAAUUGCGCUCGCGGAAUUAGUCAUACGUGUUUUGAUUUUCAACUUACUUUUUAAUACCCGGUGUGUGUCCGCGAUCGCUCUACAUAUAAACAAAGAGAAUUUAAAGUAGGAGGUGGAUUGUCAAAGAAAACUUUGUAGCCACGGUAAAUUUACUGCUAUCUUUCGAUACUUUAUUAAAACUUUUAGAAUGCCAUUUGACUUUGAUUCUUAUUUUUACACUAAUAUGUGUUAAAUUUGUUAAAUAUCAAAAAGUGGCACCAUCUAAUAGAUCAAAGGCCAAAGGUAUAGCGACAUCGUUUCGAGCGAUGGCGCCAAAACCUUUAAGUUGUACCCGGUAAGAUGGCGCCACUUUUUGAUAUUUAACACAUAUCAGUGAAAGCACCGACCUAUAACAAUGACUGAAAGAAUAAGGAUCAAAGUCAAAUGGUGUUCUAAAAGUUUUCUAUGUGUCGCAGGACGGCAGUAAAUUUACUGUGGCUAUAAAAUUUUCAUUGACAAUCCACCUCUAUUUCAAAUUCUAUUUGAUUUAAAAAACGACAUCUAUCCUCGUAAGACCCACCAUACAAAGUUUCCCUAAUUUUAAUUUGGAUCCUGUUGUAUAGUAGAUUAGGAUGACUUUCGUUUGUUUUACAAAACAAUGAAACAAAAGAAAUGCUACUUUAUUUAGUUUUUUAAAGGUUCAAAUUAAAUUGAAGCUGAGUGAACAUUGGGCCUUACGAUGCUGUACAUGUUACAUACAUACUAUUUCGAGCAUGUGAGUUCAUUCUAUUAUCAUUUGUUCCGUAUUACAGAAAAAUAGUAACCUGAAGGUUAUUUUGAUGAGAUCCAACCGAACUAUAUACGUUAUAUAGUAUAACUGGCAACAAAGGUAUUCAGUAUAUAGGCUGUAUACAGUAUAUAUAGCUGUUAGCCGUAUUCAUAAAAUUUGGGAAUAUUUACCUACUGUUUUCCCCCUGUUACCACAUUAUGCGCAUUUCUAUUUAAAUGUGCCCCCAACUUGCAUUUUGGAUUUUGGAAUUUAUUAAUAUUAUUUGCACUCAGAAUAACAAGCUCUUUCAAUCCUAAUACCUUUUUUGUAUGCUGGAACAUGGAUCUGCGUACGAGAAAACUAUUUGAAAAAAUACUCGCAGCACAUGAGAGGAUAUGCAUGAAAAAAAAAAGUUUCGUUUGUCCGUUUUGUUACGGUCAUAGAAGGUUGUAUUGAAAACGAACCAAAUGGACCCAAAAACAUUUGGAUUGUUUUUUUCGUUAAUCGAUGGUAAGAGCUCGUGUUUCCUAAGUAGAAAUAAUAUACUUGCAAAUUCCCAAUUCUAAUACAAAAUAUGGGGGUACAACUUUUAAUAGAAAUAUCGGUAUACAUGAUGCGCUGGAUGUUGUUUUUAGUCAAUAAAGCCACAGUCUAGUAAGCGAGAAACAGCACGCGUCAUUCGGAACCUGACACUGACACUGGUGCAAAUAUAUAUUACAUAUAUACAGAUGAUUGUGAUUACAUAUAUACAGAUGAUUGUGACCAUUUAUGUAGCUAGUCUACAGCAGUAUCGAUAUAUGGGACGCGAUACUUAAAUACGUCGACAGUCCCGUAUAUACGGGACGUAUGGCAACCCUAGUUAUAGGGAGGAGAUACCGUAAUUUGUGACUUUGCUGCCAAACAUCGGUUUUGUUAGACAGUGAAAAUUCUAUACGUAGUAUAAUUAAUACUAUUAUAUUCUGUGACUACAGUCAUUUCGGUUUUUAUCGGAUUUGAACCUGGAACGAGAACGAAUGAUCCUUUUUAAGAAUCACACGAACAUAACCGCCGACAUACAAUCGAAGUUACAUACACUCUCAUUUAAUAGUACAUUACGAUACAAGUGCGAAAAAUAGGAACUCGUGUCGAUUUAAAACACUCCCUUCGGUCGUGUUUUAAUUUAUCGCCACUCGUUUCGAAUUACUUAUUCGCAUAUGUAUCGUACAACGAUUUGCAGUACGUAUGGCCCUUUAAAUGUUCGACACAGUAACGUAAUAUGCUAAUUUUCGCACUAGUGCGGUAAAGUAGCACCAUAUGUACUGUAAUAGUGCAUUGUGAUACAAGUGUGCUAAGUUGGUCAUUACACACGAGGCGAUAUUGUGCGCGGGAGCUGCAAGCGAGCGCGCAAUAAGAAAGCCGAUGUGUGUAAUGAGUAUAGCACACGCGUUUCAUACGACGUUUUUCAACACACUAUCGAGGAAAAAAGAAACUUUCAUAUUUAUCAAAUUUUAAUUGUUGUUGCGGCCGGCGGGCCCCGGAAAGUCGGCGGUCGGAGGGGCGCCGGCUCCCGCCAGUCCACGUUAUAAAAUCUACUUGACCAAUUUAAGAAGGCUCCGUUUCCAUACAUAUUAUUAGCAAUCAGUUACCUGCUUAACUCAGUCGGAUAAUAUAAUGAAUAACCGGCCAAGAGCAUGUCGGGCCACGCUCAGUGUAGGGUUCCGUAGUUACUCUUCCGUCACAAUAAGCUAAACUGGAGCUUAAAGUAUAGUAAAUUGUUAACCAAGGGAUGAAACGGUACCUUUCACCCGAGUUAAACAAAUAGGCAAAUUUGCAUAAUCAGUUCCUAAUUAAAGUAAGUUUUUUUACUAUGAAGGGAAAACUUUUUGCGAUAACUCAAAAACAGCUAAACUGAUCAUGUCCGCUAUAGUUUUCAUUUAAUGUCUUUCUUAAGCUCUGCUUCCACAAUUUUUUUCAUAUUUUUUGGACCUAUGGUUCAAAAGUUAGAGGGGGGGGGACACAUUUUUUUUUCUUUCGGAGCGAUUAUCUCCGAAUAUAUUCACUUUAUCAAAAAAUGUUUAUUGAAAACCCCUAUUAGUUUUGAAAGACCUUUCUAACGAUACCCCACACUCCAGGGUUGAAGCGAAAAAAAAAAUUCACCCCCACUUUACGUGUAGGGGAGGUACCCUAAAAAAAAUUAAAUUUUUAGAUUUUAUUGUACGACUUUGUCGGCUUUAUUGAUUUAUAUAUCCAUGCCAAAUUUCAGCUUUCUAGCACUAACGACCACGGAGCAAAGCCUCGGACAGACAGACAGACAGACAGACAGACAGACAGACGGACAUGGCGAAACUAUAAGGGUUCCGUUUUAUGCCAUUUGGCUACGGAACCCUAAAAAGCACGAGUAUUAUAAUAUACUGAAAUAUAUAUGGUAUAUGCAUGCCUGGUACUAGUUUUCGUUUCUAGAUGUUGUAAUACUAAGAAAUUAGAGCAAGUAGAUGUUUUACAUACAAAUUUCUAUAUAUGUAUUUUUUCAUGUAGUUUAAGCAACGUCGUUUUAAAAUGAGACCGUAGCUUGGCGACGGGUUCGUGUGAUUCUUUGGGCCACCCCACACUAGCGUUUUUGAGCGUCGGCGUCUAGUCAUCGCUAUGGAAAAUAGCGUCGCUGCGCAGUAGUUGCGCCAACGUUGCGUCGAGCAGCAGCCAUAGAUUUGACUUGACGCCGACGCUCGGGAGGCGCUAGUCAACUCUAUGGCUAUGGGGUGGCUUUUUAUAUGGUUUAGCAAGGCUUUUCGAUUAUAAGUAAAUGAAUUAUCUUUGUAUGUACUAUUUCAUAUUACCUACAUCACAUUUUAUUGCCAAAAAUAACAUUGAUAUUAAAAUUAAUUUAACCUAACCUAACACAUUUUACACUGUGAUUAAUUGUGGUAUCAAUGUGGCAUUAUUAAUUUGGGUGUCUUUGGGUACAUUCCAAAUUGUUAAGCAUAAUAUUAUUUAAUAAUUUUGUUACUUUACAAAAGCCCUAAGUUCACAUAGGGACAAAUUUUACGCGAUUUCUCUUAACAAGCUAGCACACUAGCACGCUUCACCCUAUUUGCUGAAAUAUUUGUCUUGGAUCUUUUUCCAUAGUAAAGGGCCAAACGACAUAAGGCAACUCAUUGUGUGUUAUUAUGGUUGCGUCGCUUUCGUUUGCCAUAUAAAAGAAAGAGAGGCAAUACGAAUGUUUAUAUAUAGGUACGAAUCCCUAUAACAAAAAACACUAAUUGAUCGGCAGCAAACAGUUGGGUAUUGGUUGUAAAAGAGCGCCGCUAGAAUGUGUCGUUUAACAUUUUGUCCCCUAGUGAAGCUUUAUUUAUGGGUGGUAGUGGUAAUUUGUUCCGUCUUCGCCUUAUGCGCUCGAUACGUUAUUCGAGUUAUAUGUCUCUUACCCUGAUGAUGAUGAACUGUAAAAAUUAAUCGAUUAACGAUUUCUUUUGCUGUAAGAACAACAUGUUAAAUUGAAUCUAUCCCAAAUUUCCUGUAAAGGACGAGAGUUAGACGAAUACGGCGAAGUGAAUUGUCGCUAAAACUUAUACGUGUAAUAAAUAUCUAAUGUAAUAUAUAUUUAAUCACAAUAUGUUAUAGUUUUGAUAAAAGAAAAGAAUGUGUUAAACUUUAUAUUAUUAUUUGUUGGUAAUUUUUAUUAUUUAUCGUAGACGUCCACGGUAACGUAUGAAAGCAACCAUUUAUUAAAUUUCUACCAAAGCUGUAACCUGAGUAACAUAGCUUUUGUCACUUCAAGCAUAUGCUAAAAUUGCUAAUAUAAAUAAACGAUCUUCUGAUCUGCGAUAUUGACUUAUAUCUUAAUAUAUUAUGUUAUGAUUAUAAAUUGUGAUAUAUACCGCAACUUUUGGAGCGGUUCGUCUGUUAAGUUUUAGAAUUAAAAGUAUUUCUUUAUCCAGUA